AUGUCGCCCCAGGAAUUCAUCAACUCGCCCAAAUACGGCUCGGCUACUCUCAUCCCCUUUGAUCCCAACAGCGAGGCCCAGUGCAAGCGGCUGUACGAGCAGCGCUUGGCGUGCUCGUGGGACUACGACUUGAUUGAGGAAUGGAGGGCCAAAGUGCGCGAGGGGACAAAGUUUAUGUACUGGAUUACAAUUAAUGAUGAGUUACCUGAGAAGGACGACUUUUUGGCCAAGCACAUCGAAAGAUUUCCCAAAGAAAAAGAAGCCAUCGUCGACACAGCAGAAACUCUGGGCAAGUCAUCGAGAACACCAACAUUAAUCUCAUUCAUUCCCAUCGGCCACAUUGCCCUCGAACUGUACCCGGAACGCCAGGAACAGUAUUCCCUGCCUGAUUCCACGGUCUGGAUCAAGUCUCUGUACAUUUCAUGGGCCAUCCAAGCCGGCGGCUUCGGCCGCUCCGCAAUGCACCAACUCGAACGCCUCGCCGCCCUCCCUCCCCUCAACGCAACCGUCAUGGCCCUCGACACCACGACGAAAAAGUUCCAGACCACCCCCGAGAGCAUCGCCAUCUUCAACAAGAUCCGCGGCUCCGAGGUCGCCAGCGCAGACUUCCGCUCCAACGAAGAGUGGUACACGCGCCAGGGGUACGACAUCAUUUGUUAUGUUGACGAGAUGUACAAGUGGGUGGACCAGGAGACGGGGAUUGCGAUUUCGGUGCCGUCGGUGUUUAUGAAGAAGCAGCUUGUUUGA